AUGGCGGCCAACAGCUACUAUCAGAGUGGCUACAGCAGCAACCCGCCAACUUACGAACAAGUCAAUCCACAAUUAGCUCAAUACCCGGCAACUGGUCAUCCGGGGUUCGAUACACAUCCUUACCAGCCCACCACUUCCGAUCCUCAGCUUCACUACAGUCAACAAUCACUGGGUUCCGACCAGGGGGCCUAUGCCGCUGGCGCCAGAUUGAAUGAGGGCGAACAGUAUGCCGAGAAUAUCCCCUUGAAGGCCAACAACCAGUAUCCAAAUGGCCAUCCGCCUCCUGCAAACUGGAUGCAACAACAAACGCAUUAUCCGCCGUCGCCGGACGAGAUCGAGCCUGCCAUGCGCCCUGGCGCUCGACGAACACAGAAGAAGGGUUUCUUUGGAAGGAAGAUCGCUUGGGUCACUUAUACUCUCACUUUGAUCCAGAUCAUUGUCUUCAUCGUGGAGUUGGUCAAGAACGCUCAACUUACGGGAAGCCCGAUCGAAACUAAACCGUCAUUCAAUGUCAUGAUCGGUCCUUCUCCCUACCUCCAGAUCUACAUGGGAUCUCGAUACACUCCGUGUAUGAAGAAUACACCGGGCAUCCAGAAUGCCAACGAAACGAUUCUCUUUCCCUGCCCCAACGCGACGACGACCGAGUCUCACUGUACCUUGUCUGAACUGUGUGGUUUCAACGGUGUGCCAAACCCGACGCCCAAUGGAUCGCUGGACGAUCAGCCUGAGCCAAACCAAUGGUUCCGAUUCAUCAUUCCAAUGUUCAUUCACAGCGGAUUUAUCCACAUUGGCUUCAACUUGCUUGCGCAGAUGACCAUCGGUGUGGCCAUGGAGAAAAUGAUUGGGUGGUGGCGAUAUGCUCUGGUGUAUCUGGCUAGUGGGAUCUGGGGAUUCGUGCUCGGAGGCAAUUAUGCCGCUCAGGGUCAGGCAUCAUGCGGCUGCUCGGGUGCACUUUUUGGCAUCCUCGCACUCGAUUUACUGGAUCUGCUGUACAGCUGGCAAGACCGACAGUCGCCGUGGGUCGAGUUGAUCAUUAUGGUUCUAGGAAUUGGCGUGUCAUUUGUUCUGGGACUUCUGCCAGGACUGGACAACUUCUCACAUAUUGGCGGCUUCACCAUGGGUCUGGCUCUGGGACUGUGUCUCUUGAGAUCGCCUAACGUGUUGCGAGAACGUAUUGGGCUCGCACGGAACCCAUAUGUGGCCAUGAGCGGUGGCGUGGGCACGACCACUCCAGAGGAAGGUCAGAAGGUGGUUCCCGCCCCCAGCAUCGUCGACUUCCUCAAGGGCAAGCGCAGCCUGAAGUCCUCCGACGGAAAAUCGAACCCCAUGAACUUUUUCCGCGGCCGAAAGCCUCUGUGGUGGGCAUGGUGGUUGGUGCGUGUGGGAGCAUUGGUUGCCGUGCUGGUCGGGUUCAUCCUGCUCAUCAUUGAUUUCUACAAAUACCCGAAAUCAAACUGCUCCUGGUGCUACCGACUCAGUUGUCUGCCGAUCAAGGACUGGUGCGAGCAAGGUAACAUCACGACGGAAGAGAAUUCGACUUGAGCAUGUUCGAUAUAUAGCAUUUUGGAAUUUUGGGCAUAUGAUUUUUACAUCUGAAUAUCCCUCUAUGCGAUCUGGUUGACAUUUUCCCAUUCCAGUACAUUAUUCAACGGCGUUAGUGGAGAAGACGCAGGCCUGGCUUUGUGCGACAGUGCCGCAGUGAUUCAUGUUCAUAUAGUAUCUCUGGUAGACUAGCGAAUGCAUUACGAACAUAAUUGACC